AUAUCAUCUACUUGCAUGAUAAUGGUAACGUGUAGCACAAGAAUGAAACAUUGAUGCACCGCAAUACCUCGUUUUCAAUCCGACUUUAAAUUCACACGAGUGGCAUAUUAAGAAUCAUCGGUUGCAUUGGACGUGUGUACGUAGGAAUUAACUUCUGAGAACCGCAGUAUGAGUGUACGCAGGCGUCGCUAGUAGUAAAAAUGGCGUCGGUGGAUGUUGAACGUAUCAAGCUGGAAUCUAAUAUACGUAAUUUGAAAUUAUCUGGCCAUGUUGGAUUUGACAGUCUUCCGGAUCAAUUGGUUAACAAAUCUGUGCAAAAUGGAUUUGUAUUUAAUAUCCUCUGCAUCGGCGAAACCGGUCUUGGGAAAUCUACGCUUAUGGAUUCUCUCUUCAAUACAAGUUUCGAGUCUACGCCGAGCCCUCACAAUCUUCCGUCUGUGAAGCUCAAGGCGCACACUUACGAGUUACAGGAGAGCAAUGUUAGACUGAAGUUAACUAUCGUCGAUACUGUUGGAUACGGAGAUCAAAUUAAUAAGGAGGAUAGCUUUAAGGCGGUUGUCGAUUACAUUGAUGCUCAGUUCGAGGCCUAUUUGCAAGAAGAACUGAAAAUAAAGCGCUGCCUGGCGACCUACCAUGAUAGUCGCAUUCAUGUUUGUUUGUAUUUCAUUUGUCCUACCGGUCAUGGGUUAAAGUCCAUCGACCUUGUGUGCAUGAAGAAGCUCGACACAAAAGUGAAUAUCAUUCCAAUCAUUGCUAAAGCAGAUACAAUAUCCAAGACAGAAUUGCAAAAAUUCAAGAGCAAAAUCAUAUCCGAACUGCAAAACAAUGGAGUCCAUAUUUAUCAAUUUCCCACCGACGAUGAAAGUGUAACAGAAGUGAAUUCUAGUAUGAAUGCUCAUAUACCCUUUGCAGUAGUUGGUAGUACUGAUUUAGUACGAGUGGGAAAUAAAAUGAUGCGUUCCAGGCAAUAUCCAUGGGGUACAGUGCAAGUGGAAAAUGAAUCUCAUUGCGAUUUCGUCAAAUUGCGUGAAAUGUUAAUACGGACGAACAUGGAAGAUAUGAGAGAGAAAACGCAUUGUCGUCACUAUGAACUAUAUCGUAAAAGGCAAUUAGAACAGAUGGGCUUCAGUGACGUGGACAGCGAGAACAAACCAGUUAGUUUCCAACAGACAUGUGAGGCGAAGAGAACCCUCCAUUUGCAAGAGCUCCAGCAGAAGGAAGAUGAAAUGAGACAAAUGUUCGUAGUGAGGGUGAAAGAUGCAGAGGCUGAAUUGAAGGAAGCAGAAAAAGAUUUGCACAUUAAAUUCGAUAAGCUGAAAAAAGAUCACACGGAGGAAAAGAAAAAGGUGGAGGAGAGCAGGAAGAAACUCGAGGAAGACAUUCUAGAAUUGAACAGACGGAAGAUGCAGUUCACACAGCAACCCCAGCAUCACACGUUAACGCUAGGGAAGAGCAAGAAAAAAUAG